GUGCACUGAGCCUAGCCCUGGGCGCCACAUCCGGCACGAUGGCCAGCGCCAGCUCCGCUCCCGUCCCCCCUGCGCGCCCCGGCGGGAGGCCACGCUGAGCUGAGUGCCAAGGCCAUGUUCCUGCACCCCCUGCUCCUGGGCGCCCAGAUGGCACCUGAUGGGUGUCCCCGCGCCGCCGGCGACCUCCGGCGCCGAGCCUCACCACUGCCCCAGCUAGGCAGGCCGGAGCUCGGGGCGCCCUGGGGCACUGGAGGUGCAGGGGCCUCUCGGGUGCUGGGCGGCGGUUCCUCGUGGUGGCAGGACCGGGACGUUGGGCCGGGGCUGGGUGUCUGGAGCCCCCCGCCGCCGGUGCUGCCCACUGAGACCCGGCGGGUGAAGCGCCACCUGCUGCCACCGCUGCUCUCACCACCAGCACCCUGGGCCCCGGCUCCACACCGCCCCUGGCCUCGGGAGCCCGAGCCCGUCCGCAAGGGCUUGGGCAAGGAGACCCCGGAGCCCGUGGGGACACUCCUGGGAGAACUGCUCCCCUGCAAGUUCCGCGAGUUCCUGGCCCAGCUGCGGGCCAAGUGCUCAGAGGAGCCGGAGUUGCAGGCGCAGACUCCCUCAGCACCACGGCGCCAUCCAAGUGGGAUGUCAGAGCCCUGGCCCAACUCUUCGCAGUGUCCCAGCUGCCAGUUCCUCCCAGAUCUGCGGAACCAGUUGUCAGACUUCCAGGAGAGACUUGAGAAGAUUUUGCACCACCAGAAAUCUACCCUGGGACCCCUGAGGGGGGACCACUCAGAAUUCCCCACAGUCAGGAAGGCCAGCCCGUUCUGUGGCAUAGAAGACCCCCAGGCUGUGCCCACCCCCAACUUCUGCAGUGGAGGCUUGGGGCCCCGAAAGCGCAGCUGCCCCUUCCGGGUACGGUUUGCAGAUGAGUCCCUCACGGACAGCGCCCUCCGCUACUGGGAACGUCAUUGUGCAGUCCAGCAGGACAGGACGGCCACCUCGCCAGCAGAGUCCAUGUCCAGACCAGCACUCAGGAACCUCAGGAGGUGGCUAGACAGUUUACCCAAAACUGAGUGCCCCAAGGCCAAGGAGGACACCUCGGCCAGCUCCGCAUGCUGGGCCCAACCUGGCCUGCCGGCCCAGGAGCUGCAGAGCCACCUCUCUAAGGAUGCCUCCCUAAAUAGCAGCCUGCCCUUCGCCCCCAGGGUCAACACAAUGAGGUCAUGGAGGGACCUCCCAGGCCUCCUGGACACCUGCAGCUUCCUGGAGCAGGUGGGCCGAUCACCCUGCUCCUGGAGCCAGAAGCCGGAACCCUUACUGCCCAACCUGGUGCUGCAGUCAGUCCUGAAGCACGGCUACCCUAAGGGCUACUAGCUCCUCCCACCUUCCGAGACCCUGAAUGCCUACAGGGUCCCCAGCUGAGGGUUGUAUGCCUGCGAGGCAGCAAGAAGUGUCCUG